AGAAUUUCCUUUACAAAAGCUUGAUCACAAAAUACAACAAGCAAUAAUAAUGCCGGGAUGGAAAUAUAAUGGCGUUUUCCGCCCACAAUGAGAUGGGCCAAAAUGAGAGAAUAGAAAAAGUUAGUUCUAAAACCUAUUCACCGCGAACAGGCGACUCAGAAUCGAAGUUUAUACCAAAUCCUUCUGCUCAGCCAUUUGUGCCGAAGUGGAACUUAAGUACACCAGAGAAAUUGAACAGCUACUUGGCACAGAAUGCAGAUGUUAAAACAAGUGAGCAAGAAAUCACAGAGAAUCUUGCUGACGUCCAAAUUAUGGAUGAAAAAAUAGUGAAUGGCGAGAGUGUAUAUGGUCCUGCUGGUCCUCCGUCACAACACAUUGCAUUACACCUGCUUUCCAAGGUUCUUGAUGAUGAGACCAUUUUUAACCUUGAAGAAAGCAACACUUCUUCAGCUGAAACAUUCUUACCACUCACAGUCGACCCUACAAGGCCUAGCGAAUCCUCCCUAUCUUGGCCAUCUCCAAGUCCUCAACCAUCACCAGAUUAUACCUCUAAGCCUGAACAUCAAUCUUCGUCAUUUCCCGGUGAGCAUAUUUGGCAAAACAACGCUGAUGUAAACCACAACAAUUCCUUAAACACCCCAAUUACCUCCCCGAGUCCCGUACCACCACAUGGCUGGGUCAUCCAAUCUCCCUCAUCAUCUCCCGUGGCGUAUUUGGGAAGAAGCGAAAAUGGCACUCCUUUCAUCAACGGUUAUGAAAGCCUUCCUUCACCGCAAAUGUCAUCCUCGGUUGAAAGUCUUGGAAACGGUAGCUUCUUCAAUCCGCAGUACUGCUCGCCCACCGUUCAUGACGAUUGGACGCAUUUGAGCGACUCCGAAAACGCUCGUCGUGGUGAGCUCGUAGAUCAGGGAGGAUCGUUUGACUUCAGCAGGGUAUCGCCAGCGCAUCCAUCUGUAGGUCUGGUGUGUCUCAGUGGUUCAUGGCCACAGAAUGGACAGUUGGGUAGCGGCUAUGAAAAGGGAGAGGGUGAGACGCAACAGCUCAAGAACGGAUACUGCACCUCGUGGAAAGGAUGCGAAAUGACGGAUUACCAGGGCAAGCCUAUACCCUUUCAAAGAUCCAUUUCCUGUAAAUCCGACGAUGAUUCGUGGAUAGGUCGUGGGAAGGAAAGUCUCACGGGUUCCUCGUAUCCGAAACACAAUCCAAGCAAUGAACUCCACAUAAGGAUCGAUCAGUGUUAUGAACAACUCAGGCAUCUUGAAAAGGAACGCCGCAAGGCGGAAGUUGAUAUCAGCAAAUUCUGGCCAACAAGAAGAGUUUCAUCAGGUUGUGUCAACGUAUCCACUGGGCGAUUACAUCACAGUCCAUCCCGUGUCGACAAACUUUUAAUUGAUGUACAAAAGGAACAUGCAAAGGUCGAAGCUCUUGUUGGAAGAAUCGAGCGUAUCAGACAUUCUCCUUUAAACAUAAAUAUAAGUGAAAGUGUGGAUGAUAUGAUGGCGUGUAUACGUCGGUUGCAGUCGUCUCGUAAGGAUGAGAUCAAUGUAGCUACUGGAAGGCAUAAGAGUGUGACUGGUAUGCGCUCGCCUGAUGGAAGAGACAUCAUCUCUCUUAUUUCGUCCGUGCGAGAUCUAUCUGUGAAAACCCGUGGCUGUCGAACCGCAGUGUGGUGUGCUUCUCAACUGGUUCUUAACGAAAUGAUGAAAACAACAGUUGUUACCCAAAGAUCUCGUCGUUCGAGCAGUACCAGCGAGGGUGGGAUCGAAUCAUCCCCAAGUUCAGCCAAUGGCGGGGUUUCCUAGGCGUAUUUUUUUUGGUAUUGCCUACAAACAGGCGUGUUUUUAGUGGCAAUGUUGUGUACACGUGGUUUCUUACACUUCGCCGGUCCGUGGUCAUUAUUUCAAUGUGAAAACCUGGAAACAGCUGGCAGUGUUUAGUAUGCUCUUAUUGAAUGUACACAAUUUCAACAUCUGUGCAGUUUGUGAAAUGCUGGUCCUGUUUGCCAACAUGCAGAUUAGGUUUUAGCGACCUUUCAUUGGCCAUUGGUAUUAGACGAGUUAGGACACACGAAGACAUAAUGUUUGGUCGAAGUUGUUAUUGAUUGUAAAAAUUUGAAGACAUUCCUAUGCGUGGAAAGAAUUUACGUACUAAAGUAUAUUUGCUUAUAUUGAUGGACUGUCUCAGAAGUUUUGGGUUUAGGGAAUUAAUGUUGCAAGGUAUUGGUAGAAGGUGACCGGUGAAUUCUGGGUCAUAAUGCUGCAAGUUUUCAAAGGAACAUGGUUGUUUUGUUGCUGUGUGGUGUAACAGCUUCUGUAUUUUUCUUCUAUAACCAAGAAUAAUUAAGUUCAUGACACGGAAUUGUCAACGAACAAGGCAUAUGCAAACAUUAGGGUUUCACCCGUACCAUAAAUAAUUUAGCACGUUGAUGCAUUUUAAGUUGACAACUUAAUAAAAUUGUAUUCAUCA